CGGGUAUGCACUUACUCACCGGUCCUGGAAAAUUACCCCGAUCGGAUCACAUUUCUACACCUUCGGAGGCAGCUGGAGUCGCUAUUGGCAUGCGCCGUUAUGAUGGGGAAAUUGCUGGUGGUCACAGCAUUCGCGUGCCGCUCGGGAGCGCGCACGAAGAAGGUGAGGACGAAGUUUGACAGCUUUCCACCGUCGAUGGCGAUGGCUGAUGAGCCGGGUGAGCUGUUGUUGUGGUUCAGUGUGGGUCUCGGUAUCGGCCGGUUAGGCUGCUGGGUUGGAUUUUGGGUGGUUUUGAUGUUCCACCGCAAACAUUGUUGGCGGAUAUUGCGCCAAAAAACACGUACGAAAACAAUCAACAGUUUAGUGGCUUUGUGGUUUGUGGAAACCAGGGACUAACAUCUAAAGACUUUUGAAACGGUGGUUGGUACAGAAAAACGUAGAAAACAUGUAAUUUUGCUGGUGGUAUGAAGUCUACAAAACGGCUUAAAAUAAUGUUAAGCAACAAUCACACUUUUCAGAUAAAAGAACAUUGACCACAGUUGAGUAAGCACCGCGGUAACAUGCAUCAUCCCUAUGAGUAAGUAAGCAAAAAGUGGGCAACCAUCGCAGCAAACCGAGAUUCGACCCAGCAACCUAGCAACCGCUUAACAGGGUAUGAUGAUGCACACGAUGAUUCCCCCCAUUCCAAUUGAUUCCGCUUUUCGUCGGCGGACGCGUGAGUAUGAGUAUGAUUGACGUUGGUCGGGGUAUGCCAACGUGCAAUGGUCAAGAUUCAGGUAAAUUGUGGUUGAUUGAAUCACCACCAUCCAUCCUUUUUUGUGUGUAUGUAUUGUAAAUGGGCGAAGCAUUAUCUUGCCGCCCACAUUGUCUAACCAUUGAGCAAUUCGUCGACCGGACAUCGUUGGAUCAUCGCUGCGACCAGCUGCAACGUGCGUGUGUGUUUGUGUGUGGAAAGUGUGAUAAAACAAAGCCUCCCCCAAAUCGGUCAUUUACUUUUUUCUUCAAUUGUUGUUCGUCUAUUUUCUUUUUUUGUUUUUGGCUGUUUCGGAAAUGUUUCUUUCACCCACUCAUCCAAUGUUUUUGCAUGAUUUACACGCGCUUCUUAUCUUGCCACACACGCCAACUCCACCACCACCACAGACCGGAUACGGCGGCACUGGAAAGUCAGCUAGUAUCGGCAUUCCGGGCAGCUGCCCUUCCCGACAACGAAUCGCUGGACCUGCGCCAACCAUCGCCCCUCUCGCCCGGGGCCGAUCCGCACUCCCAGCAUCAUCAGCAGCAGCAGCCACACCAUCAUCCGUUGCCACCCCUCCCGGACUACAGCCGCAAGCGGUCCCAUCGGCAUACGGAUUUGCCCAGCUUUUUCCAGCCCGGCGAACGGACCGAGCUGAUGCCGGGGCCGAAAAAGGCGAAAUUCUCGGCCGCCGCAACAGCGGCCGCAGCGGCCGUCGCUGCCAACUACUACGACAAUGCAUAUCUUUCGUUCGAGAAGAGCCUCCGGGGUGCGUUUGGGGGAGGUGUUGAUGGGAUAGCCGGCGGGCCGGGCUCCCUGCUCGAUGGUGGCAGUGGAGCAGGUUCACCGCUCGAUCCGUACGGUGGUGCGGCCGGUGGCCACCACCAUCAUCUGCUGAGCCCGAUUAACUACACGCUCACGGCGGAAGCGAUCAACCGGCGCAUCCGCAGCACGCUCGGGCUCGGUGACGAGCCGGAUCCGAUGGAGCGGGCGCUGGCACUGAACAACGGCAGCAAGCAGGGCACGCCGGACGAGUGCUGCCCGGGGAUGGCCAGCCCGGACUGGAUGAUGCGUCGAGCGGCGGGUUCCAAUGCCAGCGGACCGGCGCUGGCCGAUACGCGUGUCUACGCACACAGCCCACUGCCACCGGGCACUCCGGGGGCGCUGUACGAGGAGCACGGCAAGUUUGCCACGUUUUCACCGACCGAUGCAACGAACACGAACGCCACCACGCUGCACGACCACGAUGAUAACAACAAUGUGGACAAAAAGACGUUCCAGGAGUAGAGGCCCUGUGAAGGCAGAAAUUUCUCUCGAUGAUGACUUUAAAUUGUGCAUUUUUAUUUGUUUUGAACUGAAUACGCAUAAUGAUAAAAAGGUGCAUAGGUGCAGCAAAAAAGACUUUUCAAACAAAACAUUAGGAUUAUACGACAUCACGUACAUACGUACAUCCACUAAACGGAUGCAAUACAGGGGUGCUAAUAGGAAUGCUGGCUGCAUGGUCGAAGUAAAAAUCGAUUUGUAAUGUAUGCGAACCAAAUUUGAGCGUAAGUGGAAAAUGUGUAGAAUCUGGUUUCAGGGCCAUCUCGGCAUCUCGGCUUGGUGCACAGUUUCCAAUGCUAAAUGUUUUUUUUUUUUGGUUUUAACACAUCAACUGCUGCUACUGAUCAUUGGCGAGCUUCUAAAUGUUGAGCUUUAUUUCGAGCGUAAUUGGCGAAAAUCGUCGGAACUGGUAAGACUAUCAAAAAACGUAAACGUAUUUGAACAUUUGGAAGCUAAGGAAACUGAUGCCUAUCAAAAACCAAUGCAUUUGAAGAUGGUUAAACCACCUACUGUAAUCUUAAAAAUGCAUGCAAACAACACACAAACACACACGUACACAUUUCGGUAUAUUCACAAUUUAUGAAGUAAAGACACAUUAUACGCGCAACAUUAUGCGAUUUGGUGCAUUUCAAAUCUCCACCAGCCCCCCCAUCCCCACGUAUCAUAGAUAAUCAAAAUAAUGCAAAAAAGGCAUACACACACACAUACACACAGAGAAUGCUGAAAAGAAGAAGAAAAAAACCCUUGGUGAUUAAUCUAGACUGAUUAGAUAAUAUACAACAACAUCGGUUAUAGAUAUAUAUAUAUAUUCAUAGCGAUCGGUAUAUAUAUAAAGAGUGUGUGCCAGUAGUUGCAAGUAAUUGAAAUAAGGAAGAGCGAAACCCCAAACUGAGCGAAAAAGCAAGACAUUCAAACCAGCAAACCAAUUGGCAAACCAAGCCCACCCUUCUCCCUUCUCCCCCAAAAAAAUCAAAAACCUUUCCUCCCCUCAGUUCAUAGACCUAUUAAACCGAUCAGACAAGGGAAGGACGAGCCAAGGAGCUGAUGGCGUGACUCUAUAUGAUCGUAGGGAAAGAAGCGAGAGAAGCAUGGAUCAAUACGCUGUAAUGAUAUGUGUGUGAACAACCCAUUAACAACAACCCCCCCAUUUAGUGCGACAGAAAUACAUUGCAAACAGAAACUUACAUCUCGAAGGCUAGAAGGUUAAAGAAUAGUGCGUGUAAAAUUGGCAAAAAAACGUCUAAACGGAUGGCUUUUUUUUGGAAAAAAAAACAUUGAUAAAUCUAAAAAUGAUAAAAUAAAAGCACGUUAUAAAUA